UCUAGUUCUAAUCUAUAUUUUUGGAAUUUAGAAAAAUAAAAAAUGGCGGAUGUAACUUGGUAGGUUGGUGGUUCUAUUUGGUGAAUUUCUGUUGAAAUAAUAAAAUUAGGUUUUUGUUGUUAACCAUACAUUAAAACCAUUUUUUACCCUUCAUAUAUUGACUACGAUAGUGUUUGAACAAUAACUACUCGAUUGUGUAAAUACAUCGGUACCUAUUUUAUACAAUGGCGGUGUUGGCGGCGGCACAGUUGCUAGAUGAGUUGAUGGGCAGACACCGUAACACUAAUCCAAAUGAAAAGAUAAGGAAACCCAAUUGGGAAGACCCAGAAUAUUGUAAAUACUACAUGGUCAAAUUCUGUCCUCAUGACUUAUUUGUUAAUACACGGGCUGAUCUGGGGGCCUGUCCUAAAGUCCACGAUGAUGAAGUUAAGGAUCUAUUUGAAAAAGCAGAGUCUUCGUAUAUGAAAGCUCAAUAUGUUGAAGAGUUUCUUCGAUUUUGCCGUCACAUGAUCAAUGAUGUAGAAAGAAAAAUUCAAAAAGGUAAGCAAAGGCUGGAACUUAUGAAUUCCAAACCAGAGGGUCCACCAAUGACUCAAGCUCAAACUGAAAAAAAUCAGGAGCAGGUACAACUGCUAUCGGAAAAGAUCACUGCGUUGUUACAAGAAGCAGAGGAGGCGGGCAGUUGUGGGAACAUUGAACAGGCCCAAGGGCUCAUGAAGCUCUGUGAUAGACUGAAAGAGGAAAAAGAUACGCUUUUGAAACAGCAGGAAAAUAGCCACUGGUCAAUGACAGCAGAGCUAGCAGCCGCUCAGGAGAAGCAAAUGGAGGUGUGCCCCGUGUGUGGCGCCUUCCUGAUUGUUGGUGAUGCUCAGCAGAGAAUUGAUGAUCACUUGUCUGGGAAACAACAUGUUGGAUACUUUAAAUUACGUCAAGCCUACGAAGAGAUGCACGAAGCCCGCGAGAAGGAACAGCAAGAGAAAGAGCGAAAACGACGUGAAGAGAGAGAAAGAGAUCGCAGCAACCGCGGUGGCGGCCUCGGUUCAGAUAGGCGCGAUAGAGAGAGAAUGGAGAGAGACCGCGAGCGGGACAGGGACAAGGACAAGGAUAGGGGCGACAGGGACAACAAGGAUAAAGAGAAGGAGCGUCAUCGGUCAAGCCGCGAGGGGCGUGACAAGGACCGCGAAAGGGAGCGUGACCGUGACCGCGACAAGGAGCGUGACACCAAGGAACGUGACACCAAGGAGCGUGACACCAAGGAGCGUGACACCAAGGAGCGUGACACCAAGGAGCGUGACACCAAGGAGCGUGACACCAAGGAGCGUGACCGGGAUCGCGACCGUGACCGGGACCGCGAUCGCGAUCGCGAUCGCAAGCACCGCAGGGAGAGAAGAUCUUCGCACGAGCGCUCUCGCCGGCGCUCCCGCGACCGCCACUAGUGAUUGACUGAGGUAUCACAAAAGCCCCUCGAAACGUUGCAAAACCAUAGACGAAGACCAUCGAUGGGGCGACUCGACCACAGACAAUGAGGUACUUUUGAAAUUAAGAGAACAGCGGCUAACGAAGAGGCGAAAGCAUCGUCCAUUAAUACCGUCUCUUGGACAUCGGUUUCGAGGUGACCUAGCAUUAUUUACGUGUAUAACGAUUUUUCAUGAUUCCACAUGACUUAGGCAAAUGCAUGUAUGCGUUAUAUAAUAAACUUGUUAUACCUAAUUCGACUUAGAAUGUAAGUUCUUGUAAAAUGUAGCUACGUGUCAGCAUAUAAUUUAUCCCUAGGGAGUUAUUUUCUGUAAAACAGAUUCGUCUAAGGAGUGACCUUCAGGUAUUUAUCGAUCUUUUAUUUCGCUAAAUAAAGUUGUGGUUAAUUAA